UUGGGUUGAGGCAAUUCGUGUUUUGUAUGUACGGGAACGCUUGUGCUCUCGCGCAUCCUCGUGUUGGUCUAUUUUAGGUGUUUUUGAUUUUUGGUUUCUUUUGUUCGCUUAUAGGAUAUCGCGAAAUCAUGAAAGAGAGAAGAAACGCACAGCCACUGGUGGUCAGAUGUAAACUGGUGCUGGUUGGGGAUGUUCAAUGCGGGAAAACUGCGAUGUUGCAGGUUUUGGCAAAGGAUUGUUAUCCAGAGACGUAUGUGCCCACAGUAUUUGAGAACUACACAGCCUGUCUGGAGCUCGAUGACCAGCGUGUUGAAUUGAGUUUAUGGGACACAUCAGGAUCUCCAUACUAUGAUAAUGUGAGACCCCUCUGCUACAGUGACUCUGAUGCAGUGCUACUUUGUUUUGACAUCAGUCGCCCAGAUAUCUUUGACAGUGGACUUAAGAAGUGGAGGGCUGAGAUCCUCGACUUCUGCCCCAGUACUCGUAUUCUCCUUGUUGGCUGCAAGACGGACCUUCGGACAGACGUCUGCACACUGAUGGAGCUGUCCAAUCAGAAACAAACACCCAUCACUCAUGAGCAGGGCUCUGCCAUGGCCAAACAGUUGGGAGCUGAGGCUUAUCUGGAGUGUUCAGCCUUCACCUCUGAGAAGAGCAUCCACAGCGUGUUCCGCACAGCUGCGCUGGCUUGCACAAACAAGCUACAGCUGCUCGCCAAACCCAGUCCGACCCGCCGGCUGUCCAAACGCCUGCUUCACCUGCCCAGCAAGUCCGAGCUCCUCUCCUCCACCUUCAAGAAGGAGAAGGCCAAGAGCUGCUCCGUAAUGUGAACGCUACACCAUUCCCUGCGCUUUGGUCUGGGGAAGGGGGGUGGGUUCCGAUUGCCACAUCACUGACGUGUGGAAUCCUUCCUCACCCCCCAAAGAAACACCUUUCAGAACAAGUGGACACCUCGCUGUCCUCCUUGUCCUGAGCUCUUCAACAGUGCAUAUGUAUUUUCAGUUUACUUUUAAACGAGAUUCGAUCAUCAGCCUCAUCUAUUCACUCCUUGUUAUCAAGAGAUUUGCUGUCGUGCAGGUUGAAGCUCGGAAUGAUUUAACUGAGUAAAAUUUCAAAUUAGUUUUAAGAAAAGGUUCAAUGUAAGCUAUUCGAUGUAUUAAUACAGGCUCUCUAGUGCAAGUCUCAAAAUAAAUACCUACAGUAUGCACUAAAAUUGUGAAAGUGGGAGCCGCCCAUAUUUGAACGCCAAGAUGGAGGAAUAGAGGGAAACGGGCCAAAAAUAUUUGUAAAAAGACAAUUUAUGAUGCUACCAAAGUAAAUUUUCCCUUCUUUCCUCUACUAGAACACUGUAUGAUAUAUACACGCUUCAAUUUUUAGAGGCAAUAGCUAUCUGAGAAAUGGGAUGGGUGUGACUGGGGUACAUAUUACAGUGAUUAUUCUGUAUCUUAACGUCUCCUGCUGCUUUCUAGUGUAGGCAAACAUGAAUUUGCAAAGGGAUCCCUGCACUAGUUGUGCGAGGGCUCAAUCGGAUCGAAUUCGGCAUGAUGAAUAAGCUUUCAUUCCUGAAAAUGACCUCCAGAGAUACCGUAGCACUAUGCUGAGGAUUUCUGAAACCAAAAUGUAUGCAAGAAGAUUAAGUCACUUGGUUCGAGAUGUUUAGGAUCCGACCAGCUUGGGUUUAGUUGGUCAUGCAUCUUAUGUAGCAUUCUGUCAUCGAGCAGCAGAAUCUCCCGUCUCAUUGCCUCCAUGCUCAUUUGCAGCACUAGCAGCUGAAAUAUUUGUGGGUAAUAUGUGUUUGGCAAAAAAACAUGCUUUCUUGUGCAAAGUGCUAAUCUUGAAGUCUGCUUUCCACCACAAAGCAAUAAUUAUGGUUCAAGUGCUUAUAAUGCAAAGUGUUUACAGUGGCAAUAAUUAAAACAAAAAAGGCUAUUAUAGAUUCAUGCUACGGCUUUGCGGACAUACGUAUAUUUAUGUGGAUAAACAUCACCACUGCUGUAAAAACAAGCCAAUAUAUUGUGACUCUGUUCAGACUUUGUUAAAGUAAUUAGAUGAAAAUAUGACCAUUGGAGUGCAACACUUUUUUUUUUUUUUCAACCAAAUAAGAAUAUUAGUGUUCUGUUCAUGAGCAUGAGGGAGGUUAAUGCAUGAGGAGCAGAUGGACUGGAGGGAAAUUCAGACUGGACCUUUUAAAUCUGUGGAUCAGCUGACCUGAUAAGAACUUGAAAAGGAAGCCGACUUUUGGAAUAAAACCGAACAGGCUGGUCCUGUUUAAUGAAAGAUAUUUUUCCAUUUGAACUGUUGUUCAAAUAAUUGUUUUUGCUUUGUGUAUACUUGAAGUCAAUAUUUUUCUCAUUUUGUUCAAUCAUCAGUAGUGGAAGGGAAAAUGCGAGCAGGCGCCGUGGCUGUUUACCAGUUCUGCCACUGUGAUCACACACCAAAUUCAUUUUUGCAUUGUCUAGUGACUGCGUAAAUAAAGAAACUGAAGAUGAAUUUUGGGUGCUAGGGACUAUAAACGGCAUGUAACGUGGCUGGUCAGACAUUGUAGCUGCUGAUUUACUUGUUUAAGUUUUGGGUAAAGCAAGUGUCCCAGAUGGAGAUGGACAUUCAGUCAUUAUGCUGCCAUUGCACAAUAUUGGGAACAAAAACACUUCAAGCAUGUCCUCUAGUUCUUCAGUUGUACAUAUCCUGUUUUGUAAUCUUUGUUAGACAUUUAAAAGAAUGUGACAAGAUUAAAUAUUUGUUCUUGUUGUGAAUUGACAAAGAUGUGCUUGAUGUAAAAUUGCUUGGUCCUAUUUAUUUGGGUUCAUUUUUGAGACUUCUGUUUUGUGUUUCACAGUUUUAUUUCAAAAUGUUAUUUUUAAAAUGACUUCUCCCUUUUGUCUUUACAGUAAUAAAGCUUGCCUUUGUGUGGCACAAAUGA